CGAUUGCGAAGCAAACCCGUAUAAGUUUAGCCAUCCUCGGUUGCUACAACUAUUUAACGUUAAGAUUAGUUGGAUAAAAACUUUUUUUACAAUUGUUUAGAAUCCGAAAAUCCUAAAACCCUAAUCAUUUAUAUACCACCGUCCACCGCUUUCUCUAACCCUCUUUCUUUCUCCGCAACCUUUCUUUCUCAAAUUACUUUUGUCUUCCGCCAUUAAUUUCCACCUUUUCUUUGGUUGAAGCUCUAGGUUUAUAAUUGUAUUUUGUAUACUUUUUUUGUUCUUUUCUUUUUAUAAUUAUUUUAAUUUUUUUGUCAGUGUUGAUGAAUUAGUACUGUACUAUUGCUUUUGAUCAAAUUUUGGUGGUAUUUUUUGGGGACGGAAUCAUGGAUCUUCCUAGUUUGGUUGUUAUUCUUCGUGCUGCACUUAGUCCUAAUCCUGAUGAACGCAAAGCUGCUGAAGAUAGCCUCAAUCAGUUUCAGUAUACGCUCCAGCAUACUGUCAGGAUAUUACAUAUUAUAGUUGAUGGGAAUUGCGAUAUGGCCGUGCGGCAGGUUGCUAGUAUUCAUUUCAAGAACUUCAUUGGCAAGAAUUGGUCACCUCAUGACCCCGACGAGCAAUCUAAGAUCUCUCCGGCUGACAAAGAAAUGGUGAGGGAGAACAUACUUGGGUUUGUAACUCAAGUUCCACCACUUUUGAGGGUGCAGCUGGGUGAGUGCUUGAAAACAAUUAUCCACGCUGACUACCCUGAGCAGUGGCCUGGCCUUCUCCUCUGGGUGAAGCAUAAUUUACAAGAUCAACAGGUUUUUGGUGCUCUCUUCGUUUUGCGAAUUCUCGCUAGAAAGUUUGAGUUCAAGUCAGAUGAAGAGAGGACACCUGUUUAUUUAAUUGUCGAGGAGACAUUUCCUCAUCUGCUCAAUAUUUUCAACAAGCUUGUCCAAAUCCCCAAUCCUUUAGUGGAAGUGGCAGAACUGAUAAAGCUAAUUUGUAAAAUAUUUUGGUCAUCAAUCUAUUUGGAGAUACCCAAACAACUAUUUGAACCCAACUUGUUCAAUGCUUGGAUGGUCCUUUUCCUAAACGUUUUAGAGAGGCCUGUUCCAUUAGAAGGCCAGCCUGUCGAUCCAGAACAAAGGAAAUCAUGGGGUUGGUGGAAAGUAAAAAAGUGGACUGUUCAUAUCCUAAAUCGGUUGUAUACAAGAUUUGGAGAUAUGAGGCUUAAAAAUCCAGAGAAUAAAGAUUUUGCGCAGAUGUUUCAGAAGCAUUAUGCAGGAAAGAUAUUGGAGUGUCAUUUAAAUUUGUUAAAUGUGAUCCGUGCUGGCGGCUAUUUACCUGACAGAGUUAUCAACCUUAUUCUGCAAUAUCUAAGCAAUAGUGUCUCAAAGUCUAGUAUGUACCAGUUGUUGCAACCACGACUUGACGUUCUUCUUUUUGAAGUAAUUUUCCCCCUCAUGUGUUUCAACGACAAUGAUCAAAGACUUUGGGAUGAGGACCCUCAUGAGUAUGUUAGGAAAGGUUAUGAUAUUAUUGAGGAUCUAUACAGUCCAAGGACUGCUGCAAUGGACUUUGUGAGUGAGCUAGUCAGAAAACGUGGAAAGGAAAACCUGCAAAAGUUCCUUGAGUUUGUUGUUGAGAUUCUCAAGAGGUAUGAUGCAACUCCAGUGGAACACAAACCUUAUCGGCAGAAAGAUGGAGCCCUUCUGGCUAUAGGUGCACUUUGUGAUAAAUUGAAACAAACUGCACCAUACAAAUCUGAAUUGGAACGCAUGUUAGUGCAACAUGUUUUUUCCGAGUUCAACAGUCCUGCUGGUCACCUAAGAGCUAAGGCGGCUUGGGUUGCUGGCCAAUAUGCCCACAUUAACUUUUCUGACCAGAACAAUUUCCGUAAAGCACUUCACAGUGUGGUGGCUGGUCUGCGUGAUCCAGAGCUUCCUGUCCGAGUUGAUUCAGUCUUUGCACUACGUUCAUUUGUUGAAGCUUGCAAAGAUUUGGGGGAGAUACGGCCCAUUCUACCGCAAUUACUUGAUGAAUUUUUCAAACUCAUGAACGAAGUAGAAAAUGAAGACCUUGUGUUCACUCUGGAAACGAUUGUUGACAAGUUUGGGGAAGAGAUGGCACCAUACGCUUUUGGAUUAUGCCAGAAUUUGGCUGCUGCAUUCUGGAAAUGUAUGAGUACCGCUGAAGCUGAUGAAGAGGGUGAUGAUCCAGGUGGUGCAUUGGCUGCUGUUGGUUGUUUGCGUGCUAUUAGCACUAUUCUUGAAUCUGUCAGCAGGCUCCCUCACCUCUUUUCUCAAAUUGAGCCUACCCUUUUGCCUAUCAUGCGGAGAAUGUUAACUACAGAUGGUCAAGAGGUCUUUGAAGAAGUUUUGGAGAUUGUGUCUUACAUGACAUUCUUUUCUCCAACAAUUUCUCUGGAGAUGUGGAGUCUUUGGCCAUUGAUGAUGGAGGCACUGUCAGAUUGGGCUAUUGAUUUCUUUCCAAACAUCCUGGUACCUUUGGAUAAUUACGUAUCACGUAGCACUGCUCAUUUUCUUACAUGCAAAGAUCCAGACUACCAACAAAGUCUAUGGAAAAUGAUAUCAACUAUAAUGGCUGAUAACAAUCUUGAGGAUGGCGAUAUUGAGCCUGCACCAAAGCUUAUGGAAGUUGUUUUCCAAAACUGCCGAGGUCAAGUUGAUCACUGGGUUGAGCCAUAUUUACGGAUAACUGUUGAGCGUCUGCGUAGAGCUGAGAAACCCUAUUUGAAAUGCCUUCUAAUUCAAGUGAUCGCUAAUGCUCUUUAUUACAACCCAACUUUAGCACUCGGGAUACUCCAUCAGCUUGGUGUUUCUGCAGAAAUAUUUAAUCUUUGGUUCCAAAUGAUACAACAAGUAAAAAAGAGUGGCGUGCGUGUUAACUUUAAAAGGGAGCAUGAUAAGAAAGUGUGCUGUUUGGGUUUGACAUCACUGUUAUCACUUCCUGCUGAUCAACUACCUGUGGAAGCACUUGGACGCAUAUUUAGGGUUACACUCGAACUGCUUAUUGCAUACAAGGAGCAGGUUGCAGAAGCUGCAAAGGAGGAUGAUGUUGAAGAUGAUGAUGACAUGGAUGGUUUUCAAUCUGAUGAUGAAGAUGAAGGUGAUGGCUCUGACAAAGAAAUGGGAGUUGACGAGGAUGAAGGAGAUGAGGCGGAUAGCAAUCAUUUGAGUCGUCUAGCAGCACGGGCUAAAGCAUUCAGACCUACUGAUGAGGAGGAUGAUGAUUCUGAUGAUGAUUAUAGUGAUGAUGAUGAUGACGACUUGCAAUCUCCUAUUGAUGAGGUUGAUCCUUUCAUUUUGUUUGUUGAUACAGUCAAAGUUAUGCAAGCCUCAGAUCCAUUGAGGUUCCAAAACUUAACUCAAACCCUUGAGUUCCAAUAUCAAGCUCUAGCCAAUGGAGUUGCUCAGCAUGCUGAUCAAAGACGAGUGGAGAUUGAGAAAGAGAAAAUGGAGAAGGCGGCAGUUGCUUCUUAAUGAUACCAUAGUAACGGGAAGAAGCAAGUGGUUACUUUGCGUUUUCUCGGCAGUUUCAGUUAUAUGCCAAUUUUCUGUGUGUGAUUAUUCAUUGUCGUGGAUUGAGGCAAUAAAGGAGGGUGAAUGUGAAGUCAGUUUUGUGCUAGAAUUACUAAAAUUCAUUUGUUUUUUUGUUGCUGUUGGAAAGAUAUGAAGAAGCUUAGAAAGUCUCACAUAUACCUCUGGGGCGGGCAGGCGAUUUUAAAUCGUUGCAUGUAGUAGUGCCACCUUCAGGAGUCACGGCUGUCAUCCUGUCAUGGUUUGUGUCAUCCCCUUCCGGGAUUUUACGUUUAGUGAAUAUUUGAUUGAUCAGCUCUUAUGGCUGAAAGCGGAGGAUGCUUACAGGGUGCAUAAACGCAUUCUUUAUGUAUUUAUUAGGAAUUAAUUAGGGCGUCCAAGUUUGGUUGUAUACACAAUUUAGUGUCAAAUACUGUAUCUUUUUGGAAUUGGGUCAGCACUCAGGACCAUAUUGAUUGGGGGUGGUCUCCUUUUUUGUGGGAGAUUUCUCAGUUUUGGCAAUAUAUGCAGCAGGUUAAGGUCA